AUGGCUAUCUUCACCAUCAUCGUUCUGGUCCUCCAGCGGCACAAGAAGUGGGUCUCUUCUUCAAAUCCGAGAAGCAUAGCAGCGCUAGCCGCUGCUGUCUGGGGCACUGAAAUUAGAUCAAACUUAAAGACGUUGAGCACUGCAACACAUGAAAACCAGAUGAAACAAUUACUGGAAGGAUCUAGGUACAAAUUCGUUUCAGAGACUCGGAAUGAUGGUUCGACACGCGUUUGCCUCGUGAGCAUCCAGAAAGGCUUUCAAAACUCGACACGAAAGAAUCAACAGUCCCUAUAUCCUGCGCUACAGAAUGAAAGCCACAUUGUUCCAGUUAAUGCGAGACGCCGAUUCUCAUCUAUCGCGUUCCUUCUUCUCUUGAUAGGUCUGACCGCAGUCAUUCUCACUUACCACCACACAAGUGGAGACACUGGCUUCGAAAACUUCAUGAGCGGACAAGGUUUUGGCGUGCAGUUCUUGCUUACGGGAGUCGGUGUCAUUAUUAGUUUCUAUUGGCGUUUCGUGUUCCAAGAUAUUGCACUGCUUGUUCCCUAUAGUAGGCUUGCAAAAGGAAACGCCACAGCCCGCGAGUCUGUACUACUUAGUCCACCGUCACAUCCGGUACUCAGUAUCGCCACUGCAGUCUCUGCGCGCCACUUGGUAUAUUUUGUUAUAACAAUCGUAGCUCUUCUUUCCGAGAUACUCCCGAUAACACUCGCAACGAUACCCUUCGACAGCGGAACGCUCUACAUGGCAUACAUUGUUUCCCACUGGACCAGUGUAGCCAUUUUGGCAAUCAUGAUGAUUGCAUCCAUCAUGCUAUGCUUCUAUAUAGAGCCGGUCUUGCCGAUCAAGCCUGAUUCCAUCGCCUCUACUCUCAUUUAUUUGGCCGAUUCUACUUUAUCAGACACAUUUGCGGAAAUUUGUGGAAAUGAAGAUGUAUCGUUCGACAAGCGGGUUGAGGCACUUGGUUUAAGGUAUGCGCUGCGGCCCUCUAGGCAGGCAGGAGGUGUUUUCACUGUAGAUGUGGACGAUGCACUACAAUACGCGCCAAGGUCGUAA